AUGGCGAACUCAUCCGACCGCGCCCCGAAAGCCGACCCGGCCGAGUUUGACGCUUGGUUCCCGUCGCCAUUCUCCCUCACCCAGUACACUGCCCCGAAGACGGACUUUGGCGGUGCGGAUUACCCCAAUGCCUACAAAGGCGGCAAGUGGAAGGUCCUCCUGGUCGGUACCGGAGAGCGCUACCUGCGGAUGGCGGAUGGCAAGUUCUUCUCAACGGGUAACCACCCUGUGGAACUUCUUCUGCCCAUGAUGCAUCUCGAUGCCGCCGGCUUCGACUUUGACGUGGCGACGAUCGGAGGCCGCCCGAUUAAGUUCGAGAUGUGGGCGUUCCCCAAGGAGGACGAAGCCGUCAAGAAGUUCUUCGACAAGUACAAGGACCAGCUUCGCAAGCCGCUCAACCUUGAGGAAGUUUGGGGCAAGGGAUUCACGAAGGAGACCCCCUAUAUCGGCGUCUUCAUCCCAGGUGGCCAUGGUGUCCUGACAGAUGUUCCUUUCUCGGAAACCGUUGGCAACGUCCUCCGCUGGGCCGAUGCGAACCAGCGAUAUCUCAUCACCCUUUGUCACGGCCCGUCAUGCAUGCUUGCUGCCAACGUUGGCAAGCCCGAGGGCAGCAAGUACAUCUACGACGGCUACAAGAUCGUGGUCUUCCCCGACUCAUUGGACAAGGGCGCCAACGUGGACAUUGGAUAUAUUCCGGGUCAGAUGGAGUGGUUGGUUGGUGAGAGCCUUCGCAAGCUUGGCGUCACCCCCCUGAAUGCGGGCAUCACCGGCGAGACGCACCGGGACAGGUACGUCCUGACAGGCGACUCGCCAUUGGCGUCGAACAACCUCGGCAAGCUGGCUGCCAGUGUUAUCCUGGAGGAUGUGGCCAAGCGAGGAUAA